AUGGCAACGGAAAACUGCUGGUGGGAUGGAAGCUCCAAAUCCCGAUAUAAAGAACUACAGGAGGCAGCAGAGGAUAAUAAUACAUGUAAUAGGUGCAAGGUCACAAGAAAAAGCGUUUUACAGGCUGCAGUGGAGGAUCAUAAGGGAGUGGAGAAUGCAGUUGAGAAAAUGAUUAAUGCCUGGUGUUAUGUAAAUACAAGAGAGCAGGACAAAUCUAUGUACUGUGACCUCUUUUACUACUGGCUAGGGGAAAUCCUCUUCGGUGCAUUAGGAAAAAGCGCGUCCGUACCAGAAGUUAUGAGUGUAAUUUACACAAAGUUACAGAUAUGGCUUCCUAUAGACAGCUGUACGAGGACGUGCCCACAAGUGACGAAAGAUGAGUUCGACAAGUUAAAGAAGCUGCACGAUUAUAACCAGGAUUAUAGGAACCUGGACACCAGGAUAGGGACAGCUAGUGGAACGUGCUUGGGGGAAUACGAAAAAUACAUAAGGGACACUGAUGAAAUUUAUGGGAGGGUGAGUAAUGACUGUAUAGGAUCUACAGACAUGGAAAGAAAUCUUUGUACUGAGUGGGGGAGAACAACACUGCGUACCCAAUAUGAGGCUAUGCAGAAUGGAGGGAACAGUUUAUCUAAGUUAAAGGCUGAAAUACAACAAAGGAAGAAUACAAUAGGAGUAGCUGCUUCUGCGAAGUUCCCAUUGACAUUACCACAAGUGCAAACCAUACAUGGGAAACCUGCAGAAUCUACGGAAGGUAACGAAUAUAUAAUCCAAAAAUAUUAUUACAGGAGGAAGGGAAGGAAUGUAAACCACAUGUCAAAAAAGGAGGAAGCACGACCAACAGGUGAAAAGGGUUCAGCACCUGAAAGAGGUGAACCAGGUCCAGGAGGUGUAGCGGGCGAACUAGGUGCAUUAGGACACGAAACAACAGCAGAAGGUGGGCUGAAGGGUCCGAAGGUGAAGGGGGACGUGGAUGUAUCAUUACCCAAAGUGGAUAUAGAUGUGCCAGGUCCCGAAGUGAGCGCAGAGGCAAGUACCUUAGUAAAACAGAAUCCUGAUUCAAGAGCAGAAGCAGAGCAGCUAUGGGGAGGUGUAACCAUCCCCACUGUCCCAAUUGUUUCUGCCACGUUGCCUACCAUAGCAGGAAUUGGUGCUGCUGCUUUGUUCUUAUAUAAGUACACUUCAAUAUUCUUCCCUAAAAAUAACUCCACUAGAAGGAGGAAGAGGUUCGUCCGACAGGAUUUAAACGCGCUUAUGGACUAUUCUACAGAAUACUCAACAUUAGACUCAACAUUAUACUCAAGAUCAGGCCCAACAUUAUAUUCACGAUCAGGCCCAACAUUAUACUCAAGAUUAAGCUCAAGAGUAGGCUCAACAUUAGGCUCAACCCUAAGCUCAACAUUAGACUCAACCCUAAGCUCAACAUUAGACUCAACCCUAAGCUCAACAUUAGGCUCAACAGCAGGCUCAUCAUUUGAUUCAGCAUACGAUUCAACAAACGAUUCAACAUACAGUUCAACAAACGAUUCAACAAACAAUUCAACAUACAGUUCAACAAACGAUUCAACAAACAAUUCAACAUACAGUUCAACAAACGAUUCAACAUACAAUUCAUCAGAAUAUUCCACAUCAGAAUCAGGCACAGUAGAUUCCGUCUCAUAUACCACACAUUCUAGCAGAAGAAGAACGAAUAAUAAUAGAAGAAGAAGAAAUACGCCAAAUCGCCGGAAGAAUAUUGGUUACCAUAGUAUGUAA